AUGCUAAUGCCCCUGAGUGGGUUCCUCUGGUGGUGGUGGUGCUGCUGCUGCUGGUACUGCUGUGGAGGGUGUUACCAGGCUCCCCAGAUGUUUCGCCACCAGGGUCUCCUCAAGUGCCGAUGUCGCAUGCUCUUCAAUGACCUGAAGGUCUUCUUGCUUCGGCGCCCACCGCCGGCCCCGCUGCCCAUGCACGGUGACCCCCAGCCUCCUGGCCUGGCAGCCAACAACAACACCCUCCCAGCCCUGGGUGCUGGUGGAUGGGUGGGCUGGAGGGGUCCUCGAGAAGGGGUCGGUGGGGAGAUCCCUCCUCUGCCACCUCCACCACCUUUGCCACCCUCCUCUGCAGAGGAUGACUGGGGUGGCCAGGUUGUGGAUCCACCUGCCUCCCUGCUCAGCAGCACUUCCUCAGAUGACUUCUGUAAAGGGAAGGCUGAGGACCGCUAUUCACUUGGCAGCAGCCUGGACAGUGGCAUGAGGACCCCACUCUGCAGAAUCUGCUUCCAGGGCCCUGAACAG